AUAAACUCACUUUUUAAGAUUAGUGUAAUAUUGUUAGUGCCUUUAAUUGAAACUAUUGGAAGAACAUGCGGAAGUGCGUGUAUUGUAAUAUAAAAAAUGUAAAAGGUGAAGAGUUAUCUUUUGUUAGAUUUCCAACAGACGAGAAGAUACUUCAACUCUGGAUCCAAAAUAUGAACUAUGAAUCAAAUUGGAAGCCGUUGAAAAAUCAUUACUUGUGUUCCCAGCACUUUUCAAGUGAUUGUUUUGAUUUUCGAGAUAAACUCUACCGAUUACGAAAAGGCAGCAUUCCAACAAAUUUUGAUCGAAGUAAAGAAAAUGUUGUUUUAGUUAGCAAUUACCGUCAAAUAUUAGACGACAAAAAACAUGUCUGUGAUCCUCUAACUAAAAGACUGAAUGUUACAAGCAGCAUUUCAAAUAGCCAAGAAUCUUAUAACUGCAUAGCGGAAACCAUGUCAAAAGUCAAUACAGAGACAGUACCUAUGCGCGUAAUCGACCAUGAUCAUUCAUAUGGAGAAACUCAAGAAAAAUUGAAAAAAGAUCUGAUGUUAGCAAUGGCCAAAAUUGACCAGCUCACUGCUAAGAAUCGUACUUUGCUUAAAAAGGAUAAGCGCAAUAAACAAAGAAUAGCUUCGAUGAUUCAAGUUAUAAAUCAGUUAUCAAAGAAGAAUGUUUCUUGUUCUUGAAAUUAUUUAAAUCUAAGCUUGUUGUACUUUUUGAUAAGAUUUUAUAUUAGAAGUUUUAAGACCGUAGAACGGUACGAAGAGAAACCCUGGACGAUUUUACGCUCAAGCAAGAGUCAGAAUUAUUUUACUAGUUACAUUGAAAUUAAAUAUUUUCAUGUUACAAACUUGUACUUUGUUUUAGUUAAUUAUUUUAUGACUAAUACAUGUAUAAAAAUUGUUAUUUUAAUUUUAACUACUACUUUUUUCUUCCAAUCAUUUGAUCCUGAAAGGGUAUCUUAAAUAAAAUUUUUCCUUGAGUAAA